AGUGCAAGUUUUUAAAAGUGUGAAUUACUACCUUAAGGCACUGUUCUCCAGAGAUGACUACUCUCUUGAUGAUUCUAUACACUGGCCAUUGCUCUCGGCAGCUCUUGGAAUCUGUGGGUUCUGCUUUGCCAGUUCAAGCGCACAUAUGUUCAAUUCGAUGUCACCAUCAGCACAGCAUUGUUGCUUCUUCAUGGACUACGCCGCCAUUGGCGUUUAUUCCGUUGGUGUUGGUCAAGCAUUCUUUUUCUACGCACGUCCAAUUGCGCCCGAAAUCUUCCCUUUCAAGUCAGCACAGCCAUUCACAAUUAUUUCUCAAUUAACCUCUAUAACAACAACUCUUCUUUGCUGCUUAAGCAGGCUUUAUUGGACGAAACACAAAUAUCUGAUCCGAACCUCAUCCUUUGUGGCACCCUUUCUAGUAAACGCAUCACCAUACCUUUAUCGCAUGAUCUACUGUGCAAAUGACGUCGACUGUAUAUCCCAAGACUCCUCGUGGGUAUUUCAAAUUCAUUGUUUCUUCUACAUUGCCUCGGCUUUGAUAAACAUCCUUCGUGUUCCGGAACGCGUUUAUCCUGGGAAAUUUGACCUGCUUGGCCACAGUCAUCAUUUUCUUCAUAUUUUCACUGCAAUUGGUGCUUCUUAUCAAUUUGACUCCAUCAACCUAGACAUGAGAGCGAGGAAAAGUGAACUCAUGAAGCAGGCAGUGCAAUGCAACUUUUGGAACACCAUUUUAUCAUUUCUAAUAAGUGUAAUAAUGAAUUUCGGCAUUGCUUUGAUAUUUGGAUCCAAAGCUGGUGAGCACACUGAAGAAAACGAAAAAGAAAAAACUACAUAGCUGGAUGAUAUUGAAGAAUAAGCUUCUUUGGAGUUUCAAAUUUGUACAAGGAUCACAUAAGCUUUUACGUGUGUGUUUGAGGUAAUGUGUAACUUGAAUGGAAUGGACACAAUUCUGUUAUAUUUUGUGAAAAUAAAUAUACUUAAAGGUGCAUUUUAGGCGACCGUAUUUUCUGCCUAACAAAAGUUGCUUGGUCCAAAACUAGCGCUAUUAAACGUCUCCAUCUAUAAUUGGGACACAUAAAAGACUAGCGUUCCAUUAAAUUUUUUUUAGUAAGUUUAAUAUGGAGAAUAUUCGAGAAACGACAGGCUCUUUCUUCAUUUCUAACUGAAAACUAUAAAAGAUAAAUAAGUUCUUUAACUUCUUUUGUUCAAAUUUAAAGUCAAAGUGCCAAUAAUGAGUAACUGCAAUCGAUUUUAUAUCAUGUUCUCACGUUUUAUACUCUUAGAGUGUCUGGCAAAAAUCUUUGAUAUGAUAGUAUCGUAUAAAAGUUAUUUUCUUGCUGUUUGUUAGCAAUAUUUUAUGUUGUGUGUCUUGUAACUCAUCAAAGAUGAGAAAAUGCAUAAAAUGCACUGAAUGUUUUUUGUACCUCCGAGUAGUUUAGCAAUAUAUCAUAAAAUUUAGUCAAACUUAAUUAAUUUUCAAUUCAAAAACUGUUGCUUAAUUCAUCUUACGCUAUAUUGGAAAACAUUGAAUUUUUACAGAUAUUCGAGAAUUCUUUUGUUAAAUUAUUAGCACUACGCUUCAAAGCAAGAGCAAAAGGUAACACGAUAACACUUUAUCCCAAAGUUUCUUGUUUUUGUUACACGUUGUGUGUCGUGGAUCUCCAGGUGUUAUCAAACCAGAACUUUCUUUCUCUAGGUGUUAUAAGAAUUAUUUCACUGGAAAAAACCCAUCAACCAACAUGAGCUCUUGGUUGAGCAGAAAAAAAUUUUCAAAGAUGAAAUUCGAUAGAAUAAAUAACAUUCUAGAAACGCCUAAUUAUUAAAAGAUCUGAAUUUCCUAUUAAAGCAAAUUAUCUCUAAAUGCCUUAUCAAAAACAAUGAAUGGCCGGGGUCCAGUGGAGUAACAGAAAAAAUAUCAGAACAGUGAAAGCAACUCGUUAGGGCCUCCAAGUCUUAGGAGACCUGAAAGCCACCCCCCCCCCUCUCAAAAUGAUCGAAAGAAGAAAACAUUCUAGCAGAAGAAAUAGGAGCAAUAAUGAAAAAAUUUAGAUGUCUGACCAUUCCAAUGUUGGCUGAAGAUGACCAGCCUUUGCGGCAGAUCAAUUAUUUCAUUCUAUUUAUUGUUGUUAACAUGAUUAUAAUUAUUUAAAAUUAUAUGUUUCAGAAUAUCUUUAGGAUAGCAAUCAAUUUAUCCAAUAUAUGGUUCAUCUUACAGAUUGUUGUUUGUUUGUUUCUUAGUUCUCAAAGAUUUUUACGACCAAUGCCACAUCUCCGGAUUCCAGAAUGCUCUCGAUUAAGCUAUUGUAAUCUUGUAACCUUCAUUGUAACCUUGAUUGAUCAUUGUAAUCUUCUACAAAAACUCUAAAUAAAAAUUUACAGUUGAUUAAAUAGGCCAAAAGUACUUUUUUCUAGUAAGCAAACAGAUUUCGUAACACUUUGCUGCGUCGUGAAUUUCAUUUCGCUUUCUUUCUGGUGCAGCCUAUGGAAGCGAGUUGUUCAAAAUGUAGUCAUGCCUUUAAAGAAUCGAAAGUUGAACACUGUCUUUCAUGGUUAGAGCUUUAACAGACUCAGAAUUCUUUCGACAGGUUUACUGGCAGGGGACUGGCAGCUAUAUUGAUGAAAACUCUUCUGUGAAUACACUUCAUUCUAAAAUGCUGUCAAGCCAAUCCUCCAAAUCAUCGACUUCUUUGUGAGCAUUUUGGCUUUGCUCGUCAACUUUGGAGUCCUGAAAAUAUACCCAUACAUAAUAAGAACGAGCCUUGACAGUUAAAACAUGCCUAACAUAGGGACCUCGCCAAAUAGCAUUGAUAAUUAUUACUAAAUGCUAAAAGGAGUGAAAAUUUUGAUAGCAGACCAGGAAAAUGUCGGGUA